GAAGCAAAGAUGUGGGCACAGGCGGCGAGGGUGCAAUUUCGGGCUCCUCUGGACCGGGGCCGAAGUUUUGCUUCCAAAGUGGGUCCACGCGGAAAGGUCCAGGCGGCGGACCCGAAGACCCAGGCUCCACGCCUAGUCCCGGAGGGCACCGAUCGCGUGUCCGCCGCGGUAGUCGAGCAUCUGGAGCGGCUGGCACUGGUGAACUUCAGCAGCCGCGAGGCGGUGGACCGGCUAGAGAAAGCCGUGGCCUUUGCCGACCAGCUGCACGCCGUGGACACCGACGGGGUGGAGCCCCUGGAGUCGGUUCUGGAGGACAGAUGUCUCUACCUGAGAUCUGACAAGGUAGCCGAAGGCGGCUGUGCAGAAGAACUACUACAGAACUCAAAUCACGUUGUGGAGGAGUACUUUGUGGCCCCCCCAGGUAAUAUUCCUUUGCCAGACAUGGUGGGCAAGGUCCCUUCUUCCACAGCAGAGUAGCUGUUCUGGGAGGGGUACCCUGUCAACAUGGUGGACUCACAUGGGUGGCCAUCUGCUACUGUGAAUUCUAGCAUAAUGGACAUUUACCACUUCCCCGUAAUUGAUCUGAAGACAAGAGCUAGAAAACUCAGCUAACGGAAAACUACAAGCCCCCUUCGUGGAUGUGGAUCAAAUGCUCAGGCCUGUUCUGUAUGGAAAACAUCUUCCUCCUUUGUCUGCCCCUAAAAACACUACCUUGUCAAAACGUAUCCAUGUGGACUUUUCUGUUUACAUGUAAGACACAGAUGACCUGUGUUGCUUUUCCACCACCCCGUGGAGAGCCAGCCCAUCACCAUCUGUUUCUGGGUACCCACCCACCUUAUUCCUACAUAGGGCUUGUUUUAUGGCUAGAUUUGAGUAAUAUCAAAGUAAACUACAGCGUGGGAUCUCCUCAUUCAGAAUCAUCUUUCUUUCUCAGAAAGCUAUCCAAUCCCCACUUCACACUCAGUGUCCAUGAACAGAGACCCUCUCACACACUGUGUACGUGAACACCGGACACCACCCCACCCCCACCCCCAUACACCAUGCAUAUGAACACCAGCCACAUAGUUCCUUUCUGAAAAGAGAUCUUGUAAAACCAGCCCUGGGCCAGUUUUCAUCCUUCUCUUUCCUUUAUCUGCAAGGUCUGUGUCCCCCACCCCCUUGUUCAGAUAGGGCCUCUGCACACAUCAGGCUGGCCUUGAGCACACUAUCUCCCUGCUGCAGCCUCCCAGCACAGGGAUGGGAGGCAUGAACCCCUCAGUGAACUAGUGCAAGCAGUUUCCUUUACAGCCUCAGUUCUGCAUUGGAAGAACUCCACAUCUGGAUUAGAGAUCCCUCAGUGACUGAGAACUUCUAACCCAGGUGUGGUGGCUCCCGUCUUUAAUCCCAGCACUUGGGAGGCAGAGGCAAACAGAGCCCUGAGUUCAAGUUCAGUCUGGUUUACAAAGCCAGAAUUAUUCUAAGAAACCCUCUCUGGAAAAGAAAAAAGCAGAAAAACAAAUAAAUAAAAGCCCAGAAUUUCCUGAUCUUCGGUCUGAGCUGAGUCAGGCUCUGACCGCCUAGAAUUCCAGCUCUGCAGAGGCUGAUGCUGUCUUUCUGGUCUCUGAGGCACUAACACACAUGCGGCAUAAACAUGUGAAUAAAAACCAAUCUUAAAAAGAGUCUGGGGGUUGGGGAUUUAGCUCAGUGGUAGAGCGCUUGCCUAGCAAGCACAAGGCCCUGGGUUCGGUCCCCAGCUCCAAAGAAAAAGAAAAAAAAAAAAAAAAAAAAGAGUCUGCCUGGGCUGGAGGGAUGGCUCAGUGGUUAAGAGCACCCGACUGCUCUUCCAGAGGUCAUGAGUUCAAUUCCCAGCAACCACAUGGUGGCUCACAACCAUCUGUAAGGAGAUCUGAUGCCCUCUUCUGGUGUCUGAAGACAGCUACAGUAUACUCAUAUAUAAUAAAUGAAUAAAUCUUUAAAAAAAAAGAGUC